UUCUCUAAACCAAAUAUUAACUAAUUAAUCUUGUUCUUGUGAUUCUACUAGUACCAUUAGUGGAUGAUUGAACUGGUUCUGUUGCGGUAGAUGGGGUUCAUUAUAAGAUCAUCAAUGGCCAUUAUAGUGGCCUGGUUAGCUUUGUUUAAUGGAUUAUUGUUUGUAGUCGUUAAUGGUGAUUUCAACUACAAGGAGGCUCUCACUAAAUCUAUUAUAUUCUUGGAGGCACAAAGGUCAGGGAAGCUCCCUCACAAAUCUAGGCUUCCUUGGAGAGGAGACUCUGCGCUUGAAGAUGGCAAGAAAGCUAAUGUGGACCUGGUUGGGGGAUACUAUGAUGCAGGAGACAAUGUGAAGUAUGGUCUUCCUAUGGCUUUCACCAUCACAACUCUGUCAUGGGCUGCUUCUUUUUAUCAUCAAGAGUUAAAAGCAGCAGGAGAGUUGCAGAAUGUAAUGGAAGCCAUCAAGUGGGGGACAGAUUAUUUCCUUAAAGCUUGUGUGAAACGUAACCAUUUAUGGGUUCAGGUUGGAGACCCAGUUUUGGAUCAUCAGUGUUGGCUGAGGCCGGAAAACAUGAAUACGCCGAGAAAUGUACUGGAGAUUGAUGAGAAAACGCCGGGAUCGGAGAUCGCGGCUGAAACUUCUGCUGCAUUGGCUGCUUCUUCCGUUGCCUUCAGGCGUAUUGAUCCUGCCUAUGCUCGUCGUCUCCUCAACAAAGCCAAACUGCUCUUUGAGUUUGCCAAGACACAUAAAGGAACUUUUGAUGGAGAAUGCCCAUUCUAUUGCUCUUAUUCAGGCUAUAAUGAUGAGCUAUUGUGGGCAGCAUCAUGGCUAUACAUUGCAAGCAGGAAGGCCUCGUAUUUAGUGUACAUACAGGAGGAGGCUAUUACUGCAAGUGUUGCUGAGUUUAGCUGGGAUCUCAAAUAUGCUGGAGCCCAAGUCCUCCUCUCCAAACUGUACUUUGAAGGGGAAAAAUCUCUAGAGAGCUUCAAGACACAGGCAGACAGUUUCGUAUGUUCUGUGCAUCCAGAAAGUCCCUACCAACAAGUGCACAUUACACCAGGUGGGUUGAUUCACAUGAGAGAUGGGGCCAAUACACAAUAUGUCACAGGAAAUGCUUUCUUGUUCAGCAUCUAUGGAGAUCUGUUAGCCAAACACAACCAAAAGGUGAAAUGUGGGAACAAAGAGUUUGGCUCCACCCACCUCAUAUCCUUUGCCAAGACACAGAUGGACUAUCUAUUGGGGAAGAACCCAAAGGGAAGAUCAUACAUGGUAGGAUUUGGGAAGAACCCACCAACCAGAGCACACCACAGAGGAUCUUCUGUGCCUGUUUUGUCACCCAAUGCAGUAAUAAGCUGCCCCAUGAGCUUCGUCUACUGGUACUCUAAGGAUGUCCCUAACCCAAAUGAACUGACCGGAGCUAUUGUUGGUGGACCAGACCGGUAUGACAACUUCAUGGACCAACGCUGGGCCUCUGCCAUGCUUGAGCCAGCUACUUACAUCAACUCACUUGCCAUUGGUGCCCUUGCUAAGCUCUCUGGAGCCUGACCCCGAGAGUUUAACAACUCUUACUUCAUUAACUCUCAUCAAUUUUCUGUAAUCACUGAUGACUGAUGAGAUGACAACCAUUGCAUCCUCCAUAGGAGAGAUGAAUUUUUUUUCCUAACCAAAUAUCAAUUGGCCUUUAAGGAUUAGUGAGAGCCCACCACUGUAAGGAAAAAUGGAUUUUUUUUUCUUUUUUUAGUUAAUUUUGUGUAAACAACUCAUCAACCUUUGGGUUAAGUAUUUGUAAAUUAAUUAACCCCCUUUAGUCCUCUCUGUGAAUGUGAUUUUGUAAUCUCA